GCUCGCUGCUGCGAAAUUCAAGCCAACGCACGUCUGUCUACGCGGGACGUGCUGCACUUGUGAGGGUGCACUCCGACCACCAGCACACUCAGCAUCAUCACCGCCAUGACAAUUAGCAGUCGGUCGAGCUCUCAUGCGUCCAUGAACCGAAACGAUGACCCCCUGCUUCCCUUUGGGACAAGUGGUACAAAGUUCGACAAGCCUUCAAUGAAGAUGCGCGUGCGCUCUGUGCUCUCGCGCAACAUUGUGCGACGAGUCUUGAUAUGGGCAGUGGCCAGCAUCCUGCUCGUGUCCAUUGUCCUGUACAGCAAGAAGCCUGUAAGCCUCUACGAUGUUGCCACCCAUCAUCAGGGCGAUGCCAAGUCUCCCGGUGAUGGCGACAAGUCAGCUGCUGCCGGCGUGGGCAACACAAACUCUAAUAGCCUCAAUGUCGUCGUCUCUGAGGACGACGCGGACAGCGACCUCGGCGAUGAUGGGGAACCUUUAAGUCCCGAGGAUAAAGAGGCUAAGAAACAAUACCAGGAUGACCUGAAGAAGAUGCCGUGGCUUCGCUUCAAGCAUCUCGAUGGUUACUUCAACGGUCUCAAAACCCUUGUGCCAAAGGUCGACCACAUCUCCGAGUACCCCAACGUGGACGUCCAGGCUCCUCUGCCGCCACCACCCAUGUCCACAGAGAUCCCCAAGCCGCGGCCUUACGAACCCUACCAGUUUGAGGGUGAGGUGGCUACUUGCUAUCUUGAUUCCAACAGGACAAUCCCUGCUCCUGCCAUCUACGCCUACGACGGUCUCCCUCAGAACUACCCUGAUCCUGUCCUGGGCUCGUAUGACAUCCUCGGCAUGCGUGACGACAUCUGCUUUGACCGCUUUGGACGCUACGGCCCAUAUGGACUUGGCUACUCCAAGAGCGCUGGCGGAUCCGGCGUCGGCGAGGACACGGAGAGCCAGGGCAACGAAUUCGUCUGGCAGACAACGGGCCAGAUUGACUACACGGGCAUGAAUUGGCAAGCCGCCCAAGAACGCUGCUUGGAGGACAACCAGGCUCGCUUCAAGCAGAUUGACCCGGAGACCGGCGAGCUUGAGAAGAGCGACAAGAAGAUGGGACGCACUGCCCUUGUCAUGCGCUCCUACACGGGCUUCAAGUGGACAGAGCACGAGAUUCUCAACUUCCGCGCCCUCAUCACCGAACUGUCCCUCAAGUCCAGCGGCGAGUACGACGUUCACAUGCUGCUGCAUGUCAGGGACACGGACAUUCCAGUGUGGUCGGACGACGUGACCGUCCAGCGCCUCCUCGAUGCCAACGUGCCCCCCGAGUUCCACGGCAUUGUCACCUUGUGGAGCGAGCCCCAGAUGAGGCUGUUCUACCCUGGCAAGUUUGGCGAGACCUUCUCGAACCCAAGUGGCCGCGACAUUCACGGCGUGUACCGCAGUGGCCACUUCCCUCUUCAGAUCUUUGCCAUGCAGCACCCCGAGUACGAGCACUUUUGGAACUGGGAGAUGGACAUGCGUGUUGUCGGCAGCUACUACGAGCUGUUUGACAGGGCGGGCAAGUGGGCUGCCACCGAGCCUCGUCCUCUGAUCUGGGAGCGCGCCGCUCGCUACUACAUCCCCUCUUACCAUGGCUCCUGGGAAGAGUUCGCCAAGAUUGUGCAGCAGGACACUGUCCGCUCCGGUCUGUCCUCGCCCUUUGGCCCUCUGAAGUUCCCUGGCCGAAAGUCACUGCGCUUCGAGGCCAAGGGUCAAUCCGUCAUGCCAGAGAACUGCGGUGCGCACUCGGACCGCAGCAUGUGCGGCGUUGGCGAGGCGGCUGAUCUGAUCACGAUGAACCCCAUCUUUGAUACCGAUCAGUCCGGCUGGUUCUUUGGCCUGGACGCCACCGGCUAUGCGUCUACUCCUCCUCCCCGCCGCGCCUCCAUCAUCACGGCCUCUCGUCUCAGCCGCCGCCUCUUGAUGGCGAUGCACGAGGAGGUCUGGAGGCACCACCACACCAUGUUCACGGAGAUGUUCCCCGCCAGUGUGGCCUUCCACCACGGCUUCAAGGCCACCAAUGCGCCUCACCCCAUCUACCUGGACCGCGCCUGGGACCCCAUCGGCUCCGCACCCGACGCCGCGUUCAACGGUGGCCGCGACCACUCGACAUCCGGCCACGGCAGUCCGUUCGACAUUGCCAACGAGCACAACCACGCCGGGUCCAGCUGGUACUUUAACAGCGAGUUCUCCGGCAUGAUCUGGCGCAGGUGGCUCGGCUACGCGCAGAAGGAUGGCCGCGGCAAGUUUGGAGGCCGCCACAACGAAGGCAGCGAGCGCGGUGGCAAGGAGGAAGAGGAAGGCGCGUCGAGUAGCGGUCGUCUGUGCCUCCGCAGCAUGCUAUUACAUCCCAUCAAGCACGAGCACCCCAAGGAUCCCCGAUGAUCGGGCACGCAGGAUGGCCUUUCUUGCUUUAUUUUCUCCAGUCACGCUGCAACAUACACACACAACCACGGGUGGACAUGACCGCGCUUUUACGGCAGGCGACGAACGAACAGGCGUUUCGGGUUGGCGUACACAACUACUACUACUACUACUACGUACCCCAUGUUGGACGCUAUAUAAGGGGGGACGGGAGAGUGGCUCAGCACUUUAUGACUGACUGAGUCCUUGCCCACCCACCACGUCCCGUGUACACAGCAAAAUGGAUGGCGUUAUGUUUAU